AUGUUUCAUGAUGAAUCUGUUCCAUCAACACCAUCUAAUAUUACUAAUGAUUUAACUAUAGAUUCUCAACAAAAUGAAAAAGAAGAAAUUCAAAAUUUAAUAAAUAAGCUUCCAUAUGAUGAUAUACUUAAUGCAAUUCGUUUUUUAGACUUAGUUUGGUUUGAUAGCUUGGAAGAAUUUAAUAAUU